AUGCAAACAGGACGAAGGGGCCACCCAAACCGCCAACCCCGAGGCGACUCAUCCGAGCGCGGUAACAGAGGCCGAGGAAGAGGCCGAGGAAGAGGUCCACCCAACAACUCCAGAGGCACCCGCGGCGCCCGCCCAUCCCAAGCAUACACCCCCGUGCCCCCCUACGCCUCCAUCCACCCGGGUACCCCCGUCUCUCUAAUCCUCAAACAAGACCAACCUACCGGCCACCGCGUCUCCGGCAUCGUAGCUGACAUUCUAACUCGCGGCGAUCAUCCACGGGGCGUCAAGGUGCGUCUGCGGGAUGGCCGCGUGGGCCGCGUGCAGAGUUUAGUUAGUGAAGCGGAGGGGGGGAGGGGGGAGGCGCUUGUUGGAGGUGCGGAUGCGGGGUUAGGACGGGAUGGGGAGGUGGUCAGAGGUGGUGGUCGGAUGGUUGGGGGUAGGAUGGAGAGGGAUGUGCGGGAGAAUGAUGAGUAUUUCUACGAUGAGGGGAGGAGGGGGGAGGUUGAUGGAGGUUAUUUUGCGGCGUUGGAGGAGGCGGACAGACGGUAUGCUGGUAGUAGAGGAGGAGGGGAGACGGCGGUUUGUCCGGUUUGUGGGGUUUUUGAGGGGGAUGAGGUGGCUGUUGCGAGACAUGUUGAAAGUCAUUUUGGGGAGUAG